GCAGUUUCACACUCAUAAUAGCAAACAUCGAAGCAAGAUUUAUAGCAUUUUAUCAAAAUCAGAUAGUUGGUAGUCUAGUUUAAUAUCAUAAUAGUUACUGAGAAAUCAGAUAAUCAGCACUAGUAUGGCGACCUUCGAAGUAUCCCCGGGAAGAUGGAUUGGUGGAGAGCAUCCAUGCUUUAUAAUCGCAGAAAUUGGACAGAACCAUCAGGGUGACAUUGAAAUUGCAAAGGAAAUGAUAAAGAUGGCAAAAGAUUGUGGUGCAGAUUGUGCGAAAUUUCAGAAAUGCCAGCUUGAUCAAAAAUUUAACAAAAAGGCUUUACAAAGACCAUACACAAGCAAGCAUUCGUGGGGAGCCACGUAUGGUGAACACAAAGCAUUUAUUGAAUUUACUGAAGAACAAUUCAUUGACCUGAGAAACUAUGCAAAUGAGAUUGGAAUUAUUUUCAGUUCAUCGGCUGGGGAUGCGUCAUCCAUUGACCUUCUUGAUAGAAUCGGGGUACCUUUCUUCAAGAUAGCUUCAGUCGAUGCAGGGAAUCACCAGUUCAUUCAACAUGCUGCUUCUAAAGGUAAACCCUUGAUUAUAUCAACUGGCAUGCAGAACAUGGAUACGGUCAGAGAAGUUUAUCAAAGAAUGAAAAAGAUAAACCCCAAAUUCAGUAUUCUACAGUGCACAAGCACCUAUCCACAACCAGUAGAAGAUACGCAUUUACGUGUGAUACAGUCCUACAAAACAGAAUUUCCGGAAGUACCCAUUGGAUAUUCCGGUCACGAAGCAGGAACUGCAAUAACAAUAGCGGCUGUUACACUGGGAGCUAAGAUUGUUGAGCGACACGUUACUUUGGACAAGAAUUGGAAAGGUAACGAUCACAUGUCAUCACUUGAACCUCGUGAGCUGAAACAGUUGGUUGAGGAUAUUCGGACAGUAGAAAAAGCACUGGGGACAACAGAAAAGAAGAUCAGGAAAAGUGAAGAACCAUGUUAUUUGAAGCUUGGAAAAACUGUCGUAGCCUCUCACAAACUAACAGCCGGUCAUGUAAUAUCUGAAAAUGAUCUCGCUAUGAAAGUUGCGGAACCCAAAGGCAUAAGAACGGAGAAUUGUGAGAGAAUCAUCGGGCGGAGAAUAAAGAAAAAUAUUGAAGAAGAUGAAUCGAUCAUUGAUGACGACAUAGAAUAAAGAGUCGAUAGACCUUUGAGAUGAGUUACAGAAAAGACCAGCUAUAAGCA